AUGUUUGCCCGGUGGCUGCGCCUCGUGCUGGGAGAAAUCUCAUCCCUCACCACCCCAAACCACCACUACUUCACCAUCGACUUCCUCACCCACACCGCCAUCAACCCCAGCAUCAUCCCCCACCCCAUCCACCCCUCAACAUGGAUAAUCACCGCCCAACUCCACACCAACCGCACCACCACCUCCUCCUCCAACCAUGAAUCCAACUCCGUCUGGUUCGCCGAACUCGUCUGCAACGCCCAAUUCCAAUCCCAAGGCCGCGUCCUCCGCUGCACCGAACCCCCCUUCAUCCUCCCCAUCGCCGCAACACCACCCGAUAAUGCCCUCUGCACAGGCGACCUCGCCUUCUUCGCCAUGAGCAUCGGACCUCACGACGCCCGCGUCUUCUACGGCCCCGACGCCCCAUACACAAUCUACGGCUCCAACUCAGCCCUCACCUGCUUCGGACAAUGGAUUCUCGAUUUCCGGGUGUUAGUCGAAUGGCCCGCCACCGACGUGAUAAUAGAUCACGGAUUCCGCUACGCGACUGAACUCCAUCGCCCACUCCUGUCCCCCUACCUAGCCGUGGAAAAGAACUGGUUCGUGUUCUGGGACCUCGAUGCCAGACCUUACAUCCACUAUGACAUUUCCCCGACGCGUCAAUUCGCCGCGGUGGGUGUGGAUGGCUCUACGGGGCAAGACCUCUCCCCUGCAUCUGCUAUCUCCGACACCAAAUGUCUCCAAAAAUACCUCCCGGUAUUGAUGAACCCAUCCCAUGAAUCGAUCCACCAAGCGACAAACUCCCUCUCGGUUACGCUUUGCUCUCGAUCUGAUCCGCUAUGUCGUCCUACUGCGGAAAACACGGUGGUCAUGACUAUCUUCCAGCAUAAAUCCUUCGUUGGGUUUCAUAGUGUUUAUGAACCGUAUGUGAUGUUGUUUUGGCAGAGGGCGCCGUUUGAGGUGUAUGGGGUGUCGAGGAAGCCGGUUUGGAUUAGGGGGAGAGGAGUAGAGGUGGAUGGGGAGGAGGAGGGGGGAAAUAAGACGGAAAUGUUAUAUGUUACGUCGAUUGCGUGGAAAGAGGCAGGAUUGAAGUAUCAUGGGUUUUUGGAUGAUGUGGUUUUUUUGGCGUUUGGGAGGGAGGAUCGGGAUACGGGGGCCAUCAGUAACCUCAUCCCCCAAUCCCUAAUAAUAUAA